AUGACAUCGACUUUAUGUGGCAAUUACUUUCGUAAACGUCCACCAUCAACCACAGGUAAGUGUGAAAAUCCGACACCACCACGUCCGGCCGGUGGCAAUUGUGAUCCGCAUUUCACGACACUUGACAGUUUUAACUAUACAUUCAACGGAUACGGAGAAUACACUCUUAUUCAAACAACCGAUUUACAAGUACAAGUGAGACUAGAACCAGUUGGUGCUGAAUCAGCUAGCAAUCGUGCAACAGCAAUUAUGGCAUUUGCUAUAAAAAAUGCGAAUUUUUCGACAGUGCAAUUUGAGUUAUUCCCAUCUUUAAAUACCACUGAAAUAAGAGUGAACAGUCGUCUACUAGAUUUGGAUCAAGCUCCAAUUCUGCCUUCGACGAAUAAUUUCGACAAUGACCAACUCUUGCUAACAAAAUCGAAUCUAACCAUAUACAAGAUAACCUUUGCAAAUAAUAUCAGUUUUAUUAUUCAUAUCCGCGAACAAUAUGAUUUUUUAAAUAUACUUGCAUUAUUACCACCACAUUUACAAUAUCAAGGUUUACUUGGAAAUAUGGAUAUGAACAGAACAAAUGAUUUAGUUUUUCCCAAUGGAACCAUUCUUGAUUCGGACAGUAGCGAACAGACUAUUUUCGAAUUUGGUGAAUCGUGGCGAACGACCGAGCAAACGUCUAUCUUCUACUAUUUGAGUAAUGAUAAACACGCUAAUCAUCAAAAUGCGACAUACAGACCAACAUUCACACAAGAGCUAUUUCAAAAACAUCAAAAUACGUCUCGAUUUACAACGGCUGAAGAGAGUUGUUAUCAUCUUAAAUCGACAGUAACUCAACGUCAAUGUAUUUACGAUAUUUUAAUUACAAAUGAUGCCACAAUGAGCGAAAUGCACACAAAUUUUCAAUCAAAUAUCCAAGAAUGGAAAGAAUUUGCUGAGUUCGUCGAGUUUCAAAGCCAACUAACAACGCCUGAUUUUGCCGUAAUUACAACAAACGACGAGGUUACAAUUCUGAUGUCAACUAUACCAAUAGCAACGCCAUUAGCCACAAUGAUAUCUGAAGGGGUAAAUGUUACAGCAGUAAAUCAAUUAAGUACACAUAGCACUGCACCAAUCGGUCAUUACAAUAAUCGCUUAUUUUUGGUAUUAUCAACGCUCCUGUUUUUCUACUACAUUUAA